AUGAUCACUAAGGUGGCGUUGGUCCUCUGCUUCGGCCUGUCGCUAGCCGUUGCCUCGCCCAUCGACGCCUAUGGCCACGGCGGCGGGUACGCAAUCUCCGCACCCAUUUCAUACGCUGCACCAGCCAUCUCUUACGCCGCACCCAAGAUCCUUGCAGCCGCACCAGCAAUCAGUCACCAGGUGAUACACGCGCCUGCGCCCGCGCACGCCAUAGCCUUGGCGCCCGCACCUGCCAUCAUCAAGGCAGCGCCGGCUGUUGCUGUCGCCAAAGUAAUCGAACCGGAGCCAUAUGAUCCGAAUCCGCAGUAUAGCUUCUCGUAUGGCGUGACAGAUCAUCACACUGGCGAUUCCAAAUCGGCCGAAGAGUCGCUGGUCGAUGGCGUCGUACACGGCAGUUAUUCGCUGGCCGAACCCGAUGGCUCCAUACGUAAGGUCACCUACACAGCGGACAAGAUUAACGGUUUCAAUGCUGUGGUCGAGAAGCAAGGCGGCCAUGCACCGGUGGUGGUAGCCAAACCAGCAGUUGCUGUGGCGGCCGUGCCAGCUAUUGCUAAGGUCGCCUAUGCCGCGCCUGCUAUAGCCAAGGUGGCAUACGCGGCACCAGCUCUACACUACGGCCACCCUUAA